CCCGGAAGGCUGUUGGAAUCCGCCUCCCUGCGAAAAGCUCAAGUAAAUAAUUGACGGCGAUUGACGCGGUCCAGGACAAAGCUUUGAGGAAAGCCAGUGCAUCCGAUUUCGAGCGGUUUGGGAAUCUUCCGCCGAGUAAGGGGUAUGCGAGUGCAGCGAGGACUGUGAGCCUGGCUACCGGUCUUCCAUCGCGGGCGUGGUUCUGGCCUUUUUGUCUUCUUGCCGCCCGCCCCUCCGUCUCCGCACUCCGCCUUCUUCUCUUCCCUUUUGAAAGUAGCCUCUCUUUGGUUACUUCUACGCAGUCCUCCCUUGCAAUCCCGCCCCCUCCCCUGCCCAGUCCGGUGAGGCCAGCUCACGAAUAUCAGUGCACUUCCCGGGGAGCGUCUGGCACGGCUUGGUACCUUGCGUGUUCGCCUGCUCAGAGCCGCAACUCCAGCCCAGCCGCGGGCCGCCAAGGAGUAAUCCGCUCUUCCGGCCGCUGAGCCUCCACGUUAACGCCAUUGUUUGGAGAAACAGAGCGGGUGUGGAGCUGGGGCGAACCGGUCCAAAGUCAAAAGUGCUCAGCCAGAUAGUCGCAUAUAUAAAACUAAGAAGUUAAACUCUCCUCGCCUCCGAAAAGACACAGUAAGAACCCUGAGGUCCCCGGAAGAUCAGAAGGAAAGCGCUGUUGAUUUGCUCCAGCUUCAAAACAUCGCCUCUGCCAAGAAAUUAGAAAGGAAGGUUGCUGGCAGUGAGGAGGGAAGAGAGUGAUCUGGUGAUAGACUAUUGUAAAUCGCCUCUGAUAGAUUCUUCCUAGACCGCAAUGAGUCAGCCGCCGACUGGGGGCGCUGCCCCUGCCACAGCCGCAGCUUCUGCCGCUACAGCUGCCACUGAGGCUCGCUUGCACCCGGAGGGCAGCAGCAGAAAGCAGCAGCGUGCUCAGUCACCCGCUAGACCGAGGGACAAUUCGGUCCGACAGACCACCGUGGGCACCCGGUCCCCGGUAGGGGCUGGCACUAAACUCAAUUCUAUUCGACAGCAGCAGCUGCAGCAGCAGCAGGGCAACAAGACCGGGAGCCGCACGGCGCCUCCGGCCAGCGCCCGAGGAAGCGGAGGAGGGGCGGAGAAGGCCGCGCCCCUGGCGCCCAAGGGGGCCGCGCCGGGAGCUGUCCAGUCCUUGGCUGGUGCUGAAGCGGCCCCUGUGGCGACCCUGGCCCCGGUGGGUGUCAGGAGGCCUGGCGCGUCGGAGGAGCCGCCCCGGGAGCUAGAGCCCGCGUCCUCUAAACUCGGGGAACCCCCUCCGCUCGGAGAAGGAGGAGGAGGGGGUGGGGAAGGAGGAGGAGCCGGCAGCGGCUCUGGGGAAAGGGAGGGGGGCGCUCCGCAGCCGCCGCCGCCGCCGCCCAGGGGCUGGCGAGGGAAAAGCGUACGCGCUCAGCCGAGGGGCGGCAGCGGCGCGGAGGGGGCCUCCUCCUCGCCAUCCACCUCCUCUGCGGGCAAAACCCCAGGCUCCGGCAGCAGAAACUCCGGGAUUGGCGUUGUGGGGCCUGGCAGCGGUGGCGGAGGGAGCUACUGGAAAGAAGGAUGUCUGCAGUCUGAGCUCAUCCAGUUCCAUCUCAAGAAAGAGCGGGCGGCGGCGGCGGCGGCCGCGGCCGCGGCUCAGAUGCACUCUAAGAACGGCGGCGGCGGCACCAACCGCAGCUCUCCGGUCGCUGGCGCCCCUGCCAUUUGUGAGCCCCUCGCACUCCCUCCCACCUCCCCAAUGGCGGCGGCAGCAGAGGGCCCCCAACAGGGCGCAGAGGGCAGCGCGAGCGGCGGCGGCGGCAUGCAGGCAGCGGCGCCCCCUUCGUCGCAGCCGCACCCGCAGCAGCUCCAGGAGCAGGAGGAAAUGCAGGAGGAGAUGGAGAAGCUGCGGGAGGAAAACGAGACUCUCAAGAACGAGAUCGAUGAACUGAGGACCGAGAUGGACGAGAUGAGGGACACUUUCUUCGAGGAGGAUGCCUGUCAACUGCAGGAAAUGCGCCACGAGUUGGAGAGAGCCAACAAAAACUGUCGGAUCCUGCAGUACCGCCUCCGCAAAGCCGAGCGCAAAAGGCUCCGCUACGCGCAGACCGGGGAGAUCGACGGGGAGCUGUUGCGCAGCCUGGAGCAGGACCUCAAGGUAGCAAAGGAUGUAUCUGUGAGACUUCACCAUGAAUUGGAAAAUGUGGAAGAAAAACGAACAACAACAGAAGAUGAAAAUGAGAAACUGAGGCAACAGCUUAUAGAAGUUGAGAUAGCAAAGCAAGCUCUGCAGAAUGAACUGGAAAAAAUGAAGGAGCUAUCUUUAAAGAGAAGAGGAAGCAAAGAUUUGCCAAAAUCUGAAAAGAAGGCUCAACAGACUCCCACAGAGGAGGACAAUGAAGAUCUGAAAUGCCAGCUGCAGUUCGUGAAGGAAGAAGCUGCUUUGAUGAGAAAGAAAAUGGCCAAGAUUGAUAAAGAAAAGGACAGAUUCGAACACGAGCUCCAGAAGUACAGAUCCUUUUAUGGGGAUCUGGACAGUCCUUUGCCUAAAGGAGAAGCCGGGGGGCCUCCCAGCACCAGAGAGGCUGAGCUCAAGCUGCGGCUGAGGCUGGUGGAGGAAGAAGCCAACAUCCUGGGCAGAAAAAUCGUCGAACUGGAGGUGGAGAACAGAGGCCUGAAGGCGGAACUGGAUGACCUGAAGGGCGACGACUUUAACGGCUCGGCCAACCCCCUCCUGCGGGAGCAGAGCGAAUCCCUGUCGGAGCUGCGGCAGCACCUGCAGCUGGUGGAAGACGAGACGGAGCUGCUGCGAAGGAACGUGGCCGACCUGGAGGAGCAGAACAAGCGCAUCACGGCAGAGCUCAACAAGUACAAGUACAAGUCGGGCGGCCACGAGAGCGCGCGGCACCACGACAGCGCCAAGACCGAGGCCCUGCAGGAGGAGCUGAAGGCGGCUCGCCUGCAGAUCAACGAGCUCAGCGGCAAGGUCAUGCAGCUGCAGUACGAGAACCGCGUGCUCAUGUCCAACAUGCAGCGCUACGACCUGGCCUCGCACCUGGGCAUCCGCGGCAGCCCCCGCGACAGCGACGCCGAGAGCGAUGCGGGCAAGAAGGAGAGCGACGACGACUCGCGGCCGCCGCACCGCAAGCGCGAAGGGCCCAUCGGCGGCGAGAGCGACUCGGAGGAGGUGCGCAACAUCCGCUGCCUCACGCCCACCCGCUCCUUCUACCCCGCACCUGGGCCCUGGCCCAAGAGCUUCUCCGACCGGCAGCAGAUGAAGGACAUCCGCUCGGAGGCUGAGCGCCUGGGCAAGACCAUCGACCGGCUCAUUGCUGACACUAGCACCAUCAUCACCGAGGCGCGCAUCUACGUGGCCAACGGGGACCUGUUCGGACUGAUGGACGAGGAGGAUGAUGGCAGCCGCAUCCGCGAGCACGAGCUGCUCUACCGCAUCAACGCGCAGAUGAAGGCCUUCCGCAAGGAGCUGCAGACCUUCAUCGACCGCCUCGAGGUGCCCAAGUCCGCAGACGACGCCGGCGCCGAGGAGCCCAUAUCCGACUCAAAUAACACAGGACCAAAUUUCACAGACUCAGCUGUAGAACUUCAUAAAAAUUAAGAAAACUGGGCCUCACCACUGGAUGGUCUAGUUCAGAAAGUGGAGGAAAUUUCCAGCUUUAGGAACUUUUAAAUAAUUCUUUGAGCGAUUGCAGUGUGCAGCAAGGCCUGAGAGUAACACAACACGGGACUGUGGUCCCCUUGGUGGAACGCUAUGGAGAUUACCAGGAGAAGCACCCCACAUUUGCUUAUAAAUUUGUUUCAUGGAAUACUCAGGAAGUGGACAGUCAUGCUGCAGGUCACAUUUCAGGGAUCUUCAGAGUUGAUGGAGCUUGUUGAGGACAAAGAUUUGUCUUAUUCUUCUUCCAGUCCUCAGGAUCUAACACUACAGCUGGCCGAGAGCUGGUGCUCACAAAUACUUUUUAAGUGGAAUGUUAAUUGGAAUGCCCAAGACCUCUCCCUAAGAAUGGAAGAUCGUUUAAUGUUCAAGAGAGUUCUGCUAAACAACUGAGAUGUAUCAUAAAGCGCUUUGAAAAUUGUAAAGGGCAGACAUUAUUCUAGAAGGAAGGAUUAUUUAAAAUGCCACAUGUAAUAGCUUCUUUUUUUUUGGCUGUGUUGGGUCUUCGUUGCUGCACGGCCUUUCUCUAGUUGCAGCGAGCAGGGGCUACUCUUUGCUGCGGUGCGUGGGCUUCUCUGCAGUGGCUUCUCUUUGCGGAGCACGGACCCUAGAACGCGCAGGCGCAGUAGUUGUGGCACACGGGCUUAGCUGCUCCGCGGCAUGUGGGAUCUACCCGGGCCAGGGAUCAAACCCGUAUUCCAUUCAGUGGCAGGCGAUUCUUAACCACUGCGCCACCAGCGAAGUACCCUAGUUCCUAAAUUAUAAUAUGCUAUAAGAAUGAGUUCAGUUUUUCAAAGUCAUCUCUUUUCCAAUUUUUUCCAUAUCGUUUACAAUGAAAAUAGAAAUACAAUACCCCUUUAACUGGUAAAUAUGUUUAAAGAGUAAAAGAAAAAGGGGCUGAAAAACUAUACAAGCAAAAAUCAGAAGCCACCCAGUAUAAAGAGAUUAAAUAAAUAACUGCUUCUUGGUGCUUCAAGAUCAUCCUUCAGACAGAAAACUGUAAAGUAAUUGUGCAGUGUUAUACUAAAGGCAAGUUGGUGCAUUUAUCCCUAGAUUUUCUUCCAUCACUAAGUUAAAGUUCUUUUGUCUUCGUAUUCUGACCGAGGAUUUACAUUAUUGAAGGAUACAAACCUCUUUAAAUAAAUAGCCAUGAAGAUAAAUACUCUGUUACAUGACUCCUGUGUUAUACUUGGAAGAUGAAGUAUUAGCUCCCUCAUUUGGGACUUAGAAGAGAACUGAAUUUAAGAUUUAAUGAAGCCAGAAAUAAAUGUCUCACACCCCAAACUCUUAUCCCUGGGUUCUAUUCCCUUCCUUGAGCUCCUUGGAAUUUUAAACUUUAAGGCACCCCUCCAGGAAUUAGAAGACCUGGAUUCUAUUCCUGGCAUUGCUAGUUAGUGCCUUUGUGACCUUGAGCAAAUGGCUUAACAUCAGGGCCUCUUUCCUCAGCUGUAAAAUUAGAAGCUUGGCUAGAUGAUUUCAGGGGUUCUUUCUGGCUCUAAAAUUCUGUAAGUCUGGAAACACCUGCUAGUGACAUUUAUGCACUCAUUGCUCUUUCCCCCUUUCCAAAAUGUUUUAGUUUGUGGCUUAAUAGCAUCAUUUAUAUAGAUCUUUUCAAACCCUUUCCAGGAUUUCCUUUUUUUGUUUCUUGAUAGCAGCUCAUGUUUCUACAUUUACUUUACAUUAAGAAUUGUUACAUGCAUUUCUUUGCAUAUUUGUUAUACACUGAAAUGGGAUUAGUAUGACAUCAGAUAUGAAUGAUUCUUCCAAAUUCUCUAAUAUAGAGAGCAAUAAUUUGAGCCACUUUCAUAUUUGAAGGUUUAAAUAUUUAAAUGGAUUAAAAGUGACCUGGAUUGUGCAACAAAUUGCAUUUUUUUCCAUAAGGUUUUCAGCCAUUUGACACCUGCUUGAAAAUGUCAGGCACUUCAAGAUGUCUGAAUAUCACUAUAAGGCUGGGUAUACCAGCAUCUGUUUUCAAAAUCCAUUCGUUUUAUGUACAUAACAGCAGGAUCUUUUCUUAAAACAAAGCUUUCUUAGAAAUUUUUAGUGGAAAGGUUCAGAAAUACCUGAGCUGAGUAUUUAUUGCCUUUGUGUGCUGUCAUCUAAUUGCAUUGCUUUAUUUCUCUGGGGUAUGAAAUAUAGCAUGGAAAUUUUAGCUAAUAUGCAUAAAAAAUUAUUCAACAGAAAGGGUUGGUAAGUACUACAAUUAAUGGUAGACUUGGGAGAAAUUCUGUCAAAGUUUUUUGUCCCUAGUUUUUUAUUCUAUUUUUGAUAUAAUUUAAGGUCAACU